AUGAAAAACAAUCACAAGCGUCGAUUUUAAGAUGUAGAUCAUUUGAUUUAACUCAGACAAAAAGCUAUACCAAAUAAAGGAGAUUAUCUCUAUGAUUAUAAGUUAUAGGAAGCAUUAAAAAAAAGAGACACUUAUUCAAAAGAGGAAUUUAAAUAAAAAUUUAAGAUAGAUUUCGAAGAUCUGCCAAUUUCAACUAAUACAUUUAGAGCUUUGAAAUAGAGAAAGUUUAUUAAAAUGACUGAGAUUUAAAGAUGUGUUAUACCACAUGCAUUGGCAGAAAGAGAUAUUUUAGGAGCAUCUAAAACAGGAAGUGGAAAAACAUUAUCAUAUUUAAUACCUUUAAUUGAAAAUCUUUAUGUCAAUAAAUGGACUCCUUUAGAUGGUUUAGGAGCUUUGAUAAUUUUACCAACAAGAGAAUUAGCAAUGCAAGUAUUUGAGGUUUUUAAGUCACUUAAUACUUAUCAUAUUUUAUCAAUGGCUUUGUUAAUAGGUGGAAAAAAUUAUUAAUAUGAAAGAGAUAGAAUUAGUGGAAUGAAUGUUAUUAUAUGUACACCUGGAAGACUCUUAUAACAUUUUGAAGAGAGUCCUGGAUUUGAUGCAAAUAAUUUAAAAGUCUUAGUAUUAGAUGAAGCUGACAUGAUGUUAGAAUUGGGUUUUUGGGGACCUUUAAAGGCAAUAAUGAACUAUCUUCCAAAAGAGAAAUAGACUAUGUUAUUUUCUGCUACUCUCAAUUAAUCAAUUCAUUAAUUGUGUAAAAUAUCUCUUAUGAAUCCAGAGAGCAUUUUCUUACAUGAGAAAUUGAUUACAGAUUCAAAUGAAUAAGCAGAUAAUAUGAUUUCAACACCAAAUAAAUUAUAAUAAUUUUAUAUUGUAACACCAAUUGAAGAGAAAAUAGAUGUUCUCUUUUCAUUUAUAAAAUCACAUAAUAAAUAAAAAAUUGUAAUAUUUGUAUCUACAUGUAAAUAAGUAAGAUAUUUAUUUGAAGUGUUUCGAAAAUUAAAAUUAGGUAUGCAAUUAUAUGAAUUACAUGGUAGAUAAAAGUAAGAUAAAAGAACAGCUAUAUUUUUUACAUUUUCUGAAAAAAAAGCUGCUGCAUUAUUUACUACUAAUAUAGCAUCAAGAGGAUUAGAUUUUCCUAAAGUAGAUUGGGUCAUUCAAUUUGAUUGUCCAGAUGAUCCAUCUACUUAUGUACAUAGAGUUGGAAGAACUGCUAGAUAUAUAGCUGGUGGAUUUUCUAUGCUCUUUUUAUUACCUUCUGAAAUUAAAUUUAUUGAUAAAGUCAAGUAAAAAGGAGUAGAAAUUAAAUAAAAAUUUUUAAAUUCCAAUAAACAAUUAACAAUUAAAUAAACAAUUUAGAGUUUAGUAUCUGAAAAUAUAGAACUAAAAUAUUUAGCAUAAAGAGCCUUUAUUAGUUAUGUUAGAUCUAUUGAUAUUAAUGCAGAUAAAGAAAUAUUUAAGUUAAAGGAAAUCAAAACUGAUUUAUUAGCUGAGAGUAUGGGAUUAGUUUAAGUUCCAAUUCUUACAGUUUAAUAAUAAGAAGAGUCUGAUUAAGAGAAUAAACCAGAAAAAAAAUCUAAAUUAUAAAAACUUAAAGAUAAAAUUGAAAUUAAAAAGUAAAUGGCAAUAGAUUAAAAUAAACCAAUUGAAGCUAAAAAACUAAAGUAAAUAUCUAGAGAGAGUGGAUUUGAGAAAUUUGAGGAUAUGAAAGCUAAGACUUUUGAUUUUGAAGGGGAAUUUUUAAAAAGAAAACCUUAAUAAGAGAUUGAAGAAGAAGAGGAUGAAGUUGAACAACCAAAAUUUGUGACAUCUAAAAGAUAAAUGAAAAAGGUCAAGGCAGAUGGUAUAUUUGGAGGAAGAAAUAAAGUAUUUUUUGAUAAUGAAGGUAAUAAUAUUAAAAUAUUAUUUUAGGUAAUUAAAUCACAGCAGAGGAGAAGAGAAGAUAAGAAAUUUUAGAAGGAUAAUAAGAAGUUUUAAAGAAAGAUGAAGAUAGAACAUUAAAAUAUGGAUAGAAAUUAAUUGAACAUGCAGAAGAUGAUAAAGCAAAUGAAAAGGAUAGAAUCAAAUAGAAAAGAUUAAAAAAGAAAAUAAGAAUGUAAGAAGUUUAAGAAGAGUAUUGAUUUUAUUGUAAU